AUGGGGAACAGCAUCUACCGGUUCCUGUGCGGCCUGUGCGCGCCCUCGUCGUCGGAGCACGGGCUCCACGGCGCGCACCCCGCCGUCGCCGCGCUCGGCCGUGACAUCCUCAGUUUCCAGAGCACCUCGCAGGUCCCGGACGAGCUGAACCGGCACGUCGUCUCCUCCAAGAAAGCGCAGGCGAAUUGGUACAAGAAGCUGCUGGUGGCAUGGAAGAAAGCCCGGCCGCCUCCGAAGACGCUCGAGGAGGCUGCGGCCUUCGUUGUGCAGACGCUCAAGAACCAUCAGAAAGCAGAUGUGGAGGGCCUGUUGUCUUUCUACGGCCUGCCGCAUCCGAACGCGGCAGCAGGCGCACCCGCUGCUCCUCCGCCGCCCAAGCCCCAGGGCGCCAAGUUCGAGCUGCACACGCUCCCCAUUGACCCCAAGUCUGUAGCCGACGGCGACACGGUCAACGUGUACGUCGACACGGCGGACCCCCGGGAGUCCGGCAGCGUGCCCCGCGAGGUGCAGAAGGCUGCGGCGGAGCGGGCCAAGGCGCGGGCCGCCAAGAACUACCAGAAGGCCGACGCGCUGCAGAAGAUCAUAGUCGACGCAGGAUACAGGCCGGUUCCUAACGCGAGAGGCGAGGAGGUGCUAGCGAAGAAGUACAGGAUCAGGCUGAGGGGGAUCGAUGCGCCCGAGAGCGCGAUGCCGUAUGGCAAGGAGGCCAAAGAGGCGCUGCUCAAACUUGUGCAGGGGAAGAGCUUGAAGGUCUACGUGUAUGACGAGGACCGGUAUGGUAGAUGCGUCGGAGACAUCUACUGCGACGGCGUAUUUGUGCAGGAGCAAAUGCUGAAGAAAGGUUUUGCCUGGCACUACACCGCCUAUGAUCAACGCCCAGAGCUGGCCAAGUGGGAGAAACAAGCACAGACUGGCCGGAAGGGAUUGUGGGCGUCGUCGAAGCCACAGAAACCAUGGGAGUGGAGGAAGGACAAGCGCAACGGGACAGCAUGA